GUUUCCUCACUCCCGUCAUGCUCACUGGAAGCCCAAUUAUUGCUAAUGGCGGGUAUUUGUACGAAAUAUGCAAAUGUAAAGCUACAGUUUAUUUUCUGUGUACAGUAACAUGACCUGAGGAUUUGAAAUUAGCAGCCGCUGUGUAUUUGGAAGAAUUUUGGAGGAUAAACAAAGCCAAGGACGUUAAUAACGGGACAAGUGGACAUGCAACUGUUAUCAUGUGGCAGCUCCUCAAACCUCUAACUGAAACUAAGCAGGAAGCUUAGAGCGUGUGUGUGUAUGACUGGAGAUAUUAUCAGCUCACCUUCAUGCCUGCCUCAGAGACACACGACUACAAACCUGCCGCUCACAAAGAUAAACUAACGGGACGAAGGAAGUUAGCUAGAACUACUCAACGUUCAUUCAUUCGACUGUUGGUUUGCUGCCAAUAAAUCUCAUGAAGCGGAAAUGGUUGCGUUAAGAUUACCAGUGUUUGUAUUGUUAUUAUCAAUAUCCGCUAUUCAAGUGAACUGUACCGCCAAACUUAACAUCCCUAAAGUGUUGCUACCGCUUACCAGAAGUACUAAAAUCUCUUACACGUUGGAGAUAAACAACGGAGGCUGCUACAGAUGGUCGUCUUCCAGACCUGAGGUUGCGAGCAUCCAGGCUGUGGAAGAAGAAGAUGACACCGGCUGCUCCAGAAGAGCUGUUCUCCGGGCUCUCUCCACCCAGCCCGCCAGACUGACCAGCAUCAUUCUGGCUGAAGACACCGUAACAGGACAUGUGCUGCGCUGUGAUGCUAUCGUGGAUGUCAUUAAUGAGAUCCAGAUUGUGUCAACCACCAGAGAGCUUCAUCUGGAGGACUCCCCAUUGGAGCUCAAAAUCCAUGCACUGGACUCUGAAGGAAACACAUUCACCACACUUUCUGGUCUGGUUUUUGACUGGACCUUAGUGAAAGAUAUAGAUGAAAAUGGAUUCUCGGAUUCGUAUAAUGCACUACGGGUGCUUAAAUUCUCUGAGUCCACAUACACACCGCUUGCAUACAUAUCUGAAAUGGAGCGUGUUGGGAUGCAGGGUGAUGUGAUACUUGUGUCAGGACUCAAAACAGGUCAUGCUAAGCUGAAAGCUAAAAUUCAAGAGACACUGUAUAAGGAUGUGGGUGCAGCCGAAGUGAGACUUCUGAUUUUAGAGAACAUCCUGCUGAGCCCUGAACAUGACGUCUACUUGUUGGCGGGAACUUCCAUGCGAUACAAAGUUCUGAAGAUCAGACAGGGCAUGAUCGCAGAGCUCCCCAUGCCGUCAGAUAAUUAUGAACUCCACCUUCAGAACAGCGUGGUUGGCACUAAUGGAAACCAAGAUGUAGCUGUGGCCAGUCUGGAUCAAAGCACCUCCACAGCUACAGCAAUACAGCUGGGACACAUCAAUGUAGUGCUGGAUCAUAAGAGCCCUCGAAUGCAAGGAAUGUCUCACCUUCCCAACAACACUCUGUAUGUGGUCGAACCAGGAUACCUAGGUUUUAAAAUUCAUCCAGGACACAACUGGGUUCUCGAAACAGGCAGAGUGUAUGAUAUCUCCAUUGAAGUAUUUGACAAAGCUGGCCACAAAAUUUACCUUUCAGAUAAUGUCCGUAUCAACACUGUUUUCCCUGUGGAGUAUUUUGAACUGCAUCAUUCUUCUCUAAAUGGAUCAUAUCAUCGAGUCAAAGCACUGAAAGAAGGCCUCACGGUCAUUGAUGCCACCCUGACAGCUGUUGUGGAUGCAAGUGGAAUGGCACACCCCCUUGCCAACCCCGUCCACAAUGAACAGGAUGUAGAAAUCUAUGACCCUAUAGUUCUUAGCCCCAGUAUUCUCACAUUUCCAUGGCAGCCCAAGGUUGGAGCCUAUCAGUACACUAUUAAGGCGACGGGAGGGAGCGGGAAUUUCAGCUGGUCUGCCUCCAAUACUGCUGUUGCCACGGUGACCGUGAAAGGAGUGAUGACGACAGUCAGUGACAUCGGUCUCAGUGUAGUUAAAGCACAUGAUCUACGCAACCAACUACACUUUGGCCAGAUGAAGGUACAUGUUGUUGAGCCUGUGGCCAUGGACUUUGCCCCAUGCCCAGUAGAAGCCAGGGUGGGCCUGAUCCUGGAUUUGCCACUCAGGAUUUUUGGCCUCCUGGACGAGGUGGAGAAGGAGCGGGCCAUGUUGAGUGACUGCUCCCAGUUUGACCUGCAGGUCGAGGAAGACAACCACGGUGUCUUCCAAGUGUUAGAUGAGAGGCUGGCUCCAGGCCAGGACCAUUGCAGUGGGGUGAGAGCUCAGGCCCUGGCAUCUGGAUACACCAUGCUUACCGUCAGCUACACCCACGGCAACAUCCACCUCAGUGCCAAGAUCACCAUUGCUGCAUAUCUGCCUCUCAAAGCUGUUGACCCUGCGUCCGUGGCUGUGGUGACUCUGGGAUCAUCUAAAGACAUGUUGUUUGAGGGCGGUCCACGGCCCUGGGUUUUAGAGCCCUCAAAGUUCUUCUGCAACUUGCGAGCUGAAGAUGAGUCCAGUGUGACCCUUAGUCUGACUAAUCCCUCGUCUCACAACUACAACCAGCACUGGGUCAGAGCAACCUGCACCGCCCUGGGAGAACAGGUGCUGGAGGUAAUGGUGGGAAAUGAAGCCAGUGUGACCAAUCCUUUCCCCGCUGUGGAGCCGGCAGUGGUCAAGUUUGUUUGUGCUCCUCCGUCCCGCUUCACCCUGGUACCUGUGUAUUCCAACCCACAGCUUGACCUGAGCUGCCCUCUGCUGCAGCAAAACAAACAAGUGGUCCCUGUUUCAAAUUACCGUAACACCAUCUUGGACUUGGCUGCUUUCGAUCAACAAGGAAGAAAAUUUGACAACUUCAGCUCUCUGAGCAUGAUCUGGGAAUCGACCAUGGUGUCAGUUGCCAGUAUUGAACCCACUAUGCCCAUGGAGCUGCUGCAGUUGAAGGACGGCAACAAGCAGAUGAAGCUUCAUGGACGUCGAACAGUUCUUGUCCAUCAUCAGACGGGCAAUGCUGCCAUCACAGUGACUGCUCAUGGUUACCAAGUUUCCCAUCUGGCAGCUGCUAAAGUUUCCAGUACAUAUGGCCCCCUGACUCCUGUCACAGCUGCUCUGGAGCUCCUGUUGGUUGAAGAUGUGAAGAUUUCCCCCGGCACAGUUACUGUAUACAAUCACCCAGAUGUGCGAGCAAAUUUGGCUCUGCAAGAAGGCUCGGGGUAUUUCUUUGUCAAUACCAGUGUUAAAGGGAUAGUGGAUGUUGUAUUCCAGGAGGGCCAAAGAACAGGUCAGGUGUCUCCCGUCCAAUCAGGAGAGGCGAAGGUUAUGGUUCAUGACCUUUGUCUGGCAUUCCCAGCUCCGGCCAAGGCCACCGUGCAUGUCUCUGACAUCCUGGAGGUUUAUGUGAGAGUGGUGGAUAAGGUAGAGAUCGGCAAAUCUGUGACGGCUUAUGUCAGAGUCUUGGAUGAUAAUAAGAAGCCCUUCCCGGCCAGUUAUUUCACCUUUAUGAAUCUGAAACUCAAAGCGGCUUCAUCAGUAGUCUUUCUGAAACCACAAGCAGAGUCUGGAGAAAAAGAUACAGCUGUUUUUCUAGUGAAAGGCAUUUCUAUUGGUCAGACCACUGUGACAGCUUUUGUUGUGGAUAAAAAUGGGAAAAAAAUUGCGUCCACACCUCAGGAAAUUGAGGUGUUCCCACCAUUUAAGCUCAUCCCAAGGAAAGUGACUCUAUUAAUCGGGGCGAUGAUGCAGAUCACAUCUGAAGGUGGCCCUCAGCCUCAGUCCAAUAUCCUUUUCUCCAUUUCCAACGAAGAGAUAGCGUCUGUUAAUGGCAUUGGACACGUCAGGGGUGUAGCCAUUGGUAAUGUCACCGUGACUGGACUGGUCCAAGCUGUUGAUGCCGAGACUGGGAAGCUUGUUGUUGUGUCUCAGGAUCAAGUCGGAGUUGAGGUUGUGCAAUUGGCUGCCAUUCGAAUCCGGGCGCCUAUCACAAGAAUGAAGACAGGAACACAGAUGCCGGUAUAUGUGAUGGGUCUGACCAAUAGUCAAACACCAUUCUCCUUUGGCAACGCUCUCCCUGGCCUCACAUUUCACUGGUCCACAACCAAGAGAGACAUCUUGGACGUCAAGCCAAGACUUACUGAGGCCAAUGUGGGGCUGCAGUCACAGCACAACUUCGGCAUGAGGGUGACUGGAAGAACGAGAGGGCGAACAGGGCUGAAGGUGUUGCUUAGGGUCACCGACCCCCUGGCUGGGCAGCUAGUGGAGAAUCUGCGGGAGCUCACGGAUGAGAUUCAGAUUCAGGUUUAUGAAAAGCUGCACGUGUUAAACCCUCAAGUAGAGACUGGGGAGUUAUUGAUGGCGCCAAACUCAGCCCUCAAACUCCAAACUAACAGGGAUGGUGUCGGUUCAGUCUCAUACCGAAUGCUGGAUUGCCCUGACCAGGUCGUUACUGCUCAAGUGGAUGAUAAGGGUUUUCUCUCUUCUGGUUCUCUCACCGGCAUCUCCUCUCUGCUGAUCUCCUCGCACGAGACCUUUGGCGUCAAUCAAACUCUCAUCCUUGCUGUGAAGGUGGUGCCUGUGUCCUACGUGCGCUUCAGUACCAGUCCACUUCUCUACACCCCUACCAAAGACAGCCUGAAAGCCUUGCCCCUUGGCAUAGUCCUCACCUUUACCGUCCACUUCCAUGCUAGCACGGGAGAGACCCUGCACAGCUCCAACACACAACUUACGUUUGCCACAAACAGAGAUGACCUGGUGCAGGUGGGGAUGGGGCCCGGCAACAACACUCUGACAGUGAGGACCAUCAAUGUGGGCCUCACUCUUCUCGCUGUGUGGGACAGUGGGAACGUGGGCAUGGCAGACUACGUCCCAAUACCUGUCGACCAUGCCAUCCACCCUCAAACGGCUUAUGAGCAUGGACUGGUGGUCGGGGACGUUGUUUGCUUCACUGGUCUUAUACCUGGCCCAGAUGGUGGUGACGGUACUUGGAGCUCCUCUGCUGAUGGCGUUCUUCAGGUGGACCCUAAAAGCGGUGCUGCUGUAGCCAGAGGCCCUGGGUCAGCCACUGUGUUCUACGAGAUAGCUGGCUUUUUGAAAACGUACAUUGAGGUUGUGGUAAAAACACCCACAAGGACAGCUGCCAUGGCACAAUCAACGCCUGUCAGGAUCGGCAAGGAGACAAAGGUCAUGCUCACCACCAGAGAGAGAGGAACCCACCUCAUUGGAAGCUGCUCCUCUGCCCAGACCGAAGCUAUUUCUCAGCUGCAGCCAGAAACCUCCAUCAGCUGCCAUCUCAGCUUUACCAGUGACGCUGUGGACGCCCCUGCUAUUGACGUCUUCACAAAGCACACCGGCUUUGACACAAGCACUGGCCUCUACACAUGUUCCAUAACCCUGCAGCCAUCUGUAACAGAGCAGCUGACCAGUGUGCACAGCAUGUCCUUGAGCAAUCUGCUGGUGAAGGCCAGCCUGGAGGGCUCCGCUUUCUCUGGAGAGCAAGCCGGCGCCAUUCUAGCCAUAGAUCUAGGCCUCUACUCGGACUCCACUGAGCUGCUGCUCUCAAAUCUGCACCCAUCAGCUGAGCUCACCGUCUAUGGCCCAGCAGCCGCACUGUCCAGCAUGGAGGUGGUGUCAACAUCUCCCAACAUUGCUGUCCAAGAGAAGGAGGUACACCAUGACUCUCCCAGUUUCUCAAAGUACACCGUCAGCGCUUUGGAUCCUCGGGCAGCGGGCUCUUCUUCUAUUUCAUUUAGCAGCACUUCCUACGGCCAGAGCCUCGUCAUCCCGGUCACUUUGAUUCCUGUGGCUGAUGCUUACACUGCCAAAGAAGCAGCAGCACCUCUGGGGGUUAACCAGCCUGGGGGCCACUCCCUGCAGAACAUCAUCGACAGCUACCAGAUGAUAUUUUUCUCCCUGUUCUCUCUGCUGGCCGGCACAGCUAUCCUCAUCAUCGUCCUCCACACGGUGUGCUCUCCAAGAGAGAGGGCAUAUCAUCCUGUUUUCAUCACCAGGACACCACCAGCAGACUCAGGUAUAUGCACUCCAGACGGGAAUUGUUUCAAUCCCAGAACACCGGGCCCCAACAGCAGCCCCAGGCCACGUCACUUUUCUCCAGACUACAGGUCCUGAUGAAGCUCUCUGACUGCUCCACAAUCCUUUUUUUCUAAAGAACACCACAACGGACUGUUAAUGCAGAUUGAAUGUGCCUCCUUCUCUCAGUACAAAUGCUGUGAGAUGUGACUGCAGACUCAGUUUCAUUCAGUCGUCUCCACAUGUUGGUACAAAUGCUCUGAGAAACAUCUUUUUUUUUUGUAACAGCAGAUUAUUUGAGUGCAGCGAGAUGAUAACAGGGCUAUUUCCUGUGUUUCUGUGUGCGUGUGUGUGUGUGUGUAUGUGGAUAUAACAGGUUAUACAUGAUAAAUGUUUGUCUUUUCUCGGUUUGCCAUAGAAAACAUUUUUACACAAACAGAACCACUGAGUUAUUUACUGACGUCUUUCAAAGAGUCUGCAGAGUGCUUUGAAAACCAAAUAACCAGUUUGUGUUGAAAUGAGUUUGCCUCUUGUGUUUGUUUGCUCUAUACUUGUGUGCCGUGUAUCAUAUGUGACAACUAAUAUCUCAGGAUGAACCUUGUUCUUAUAUGACAUAAAGGAAAUGUUAAUUUAAUAAUAUUUUUACAACGAGGCACACUUCCUUUGUUAUGUUGUCGUGUAAACAUUCUGUGAACAUGCCGUCCACUGAGACCGUCCUCCUCGGGUGAAGAACCCUUCAAAUGUGCAGAAUCCUCACUGGUAACUUUCUGUUUUGGGCAUUUUUGGGAAGUGAAACUUCCCCCAUUAUUUAACAUUUCUGAGUUCAGAGCCUUAAUGCAUGUUGCUCCUGUUUAUUAGAAGAAUGUGAAACAGUUAAGAAUGUGAACAUAUUUCAUUUCACCACUGUCUAUUCAGUUCAAAACCAAUCAAAUGUGACCUUACUGGAGCUGCUGAAUCAGAGGAAGGAAAUGAUAGCGUGACUUUGUUUUAAAUGAGAUAUUUUUGUAUUUGAGAAUAAAAUAUUGACGAGGACUUGUAUUUAUGUUAGCUAGUGAAAUUACAUUUUACUGUAUGAGAAGUCACAUGGCUUCAGUGCUGUUUUUGUGUUAAAGAUUCAUGUCCUGCCUUACAAUCAUACCUGUACAGCUUUUGGCACAUAAUACAGACAUGAGUUUGAGUAUACUCCGGCUUUUUGCUAUUAAAAGUUUUUACUUUUCACGUUCA